UGAGGAGGAGUGCGGUUGGAGUGCGAGAGGGUCGCGGCCGCGAUGAUCUGACAGAUGAAAUAGCGAAAAGAAAGAGAAGGCGGGCGUCCUCCCACACAAAAAUCAUGUUCCCCAAAGGCAAAGGCACCCCGGUGCCGUCGGACGGCCAGGCACGAGAAAAGUUGGCUCUAUACGUCUAUGAAUAUUUGUUACACAUAGGAGCACAGAAGUCUGCACAGACCUUUUUAUCAGAGAUCCGAUGGGAGAAAAACAUAACACUUGGAGAACCCCCUGGAUUCCUACAUUCCUGGUGGUGUGUAUUCUGGGACCUGUAUUGUGCUGCACCGGAGAGACGAGAGACAUGUGACCACUCCAGCGAAGCAAAAGCCUUCCAUGAUUACAGUGCGGCAGCAGCCCCCAGUCCUGUGAUGGGAGGGAUGCCCCCUGGCGAUGGCAUGCCAGGAGGACCCAUGCCACCUGGCUUUUUCCAGUCCUUCAUGUCACCUCGCUUCGCUGGAGGCCCGAGAGGUCCCCCGAUCAGGAUGGGCAACCAGCCUCCAGGUGGAGGGCCAGGUCCUCAUCCCAUGCUGCCCAACAUGGACCCCACACGACCACAAGGCCAUCCUAACUUGGGGCCGAUGCAGAGAAUGAGUGGCCCGCGAGGCAUGGGGCCCAUGGGACCCGGCCCUCAGAACUUUGGUGGUGGGAUGAGACCUCCACAUAACGCUAUGGGUCCCGGUAUGCCAGGAGUGAACAUGGGCCCAGGGACUGGUCGGCCAUGGCCCAAUCCCAACAAUGCCAACUCUAUGCCUUACUCAUCACCCUCUCCCGGUGCAUACGGGGGAGCGUCUGGAGGAGGGGGACCCCCAGGAACUCCCAUCAUGCCCAGCCCUGCAGACUCCAACAACUCUGGUGAUAACUUGUACACCAUGAUCAACACUGGACCUGGUAACCGAAAUAAUUUCCCCAUGGGCCCUGGCUCUGACGGACCCCUGGGGGCCAUGGCUGGGAUGGAGCCACACCACAUGAAUGGAUCACUAGGCUCUGGUGAUAUGGAUGGACUGAACAAGAAUUCCCCAAACAAUUUAAGUGGCAUUAGCAAUCCUCCCGGGACCCCGAGGGAUGACGGGGAGCUGAGUGGAAACUUCCUCCACUCCUUUCAGAGCGAGAAUUACUCCCCCACCAUGACGAUGAGCGUGUGACCCUGCCCACCCCCCUCUCCAUAAUUUGCCAUCAUUCCGAGGAUCUGAACUCAGUAUAGGACACGGCCAAACACAUCAGCACCGAAUCAGGGACAGGCGCCAUUUUGGUUCCACGCAAACGCCAGAAUGCUGAUCGGAGAAAAACAAAAUGGCUGGCGACUACUGCUCCUUGCUCAAAAUGAAGGACAAUUUCUCCAUUCAUCACAACCCUAAGUGUGACGAAACCAGCUACUGAAAUGCAUACAUGACACGUUUUAAGUUCUUUGCAGAGCCCCAGCCCCCCCAUCCCCACCCCUCCCACCACCACCACCACCCCUCCCCUCCCCAAAGCAAAGAAAAAAUGGUCGAAGUUUACCUCUUGUACUUUUUAAUUAUUGCUUUGUGGUGCAAGAUGUGCAGAAAAUGUCGCCGCUUUUGUCACUUAAAACACUGGAGAGUGUGCAUAUGCAUUGUGAACUAGGAAAAAAACUCUUGUCUUGUCAUUUUACUUCUAGCCACGCAUACUGUGUCACAAACGUCAGUUGACACAGGACUCCGAAUUUGCCUUUUUUUCCCCUCUGUGGCCACCCUUAUGAAUUAUGUACUACUCUUGCCAUUGCCCACCCCACUAUUUAAAGAGGUUUUUAAGGGGGAAACGAUGUGAAAGGAUGUGGCUUUUAUCGUGACGACCUUUCACAGUUUGUAAGUGCUCAGAUGGUUUUUAAAAUGUCAGAUUUGAUCCCGUUCGAUCAGUUUCGGUCUCUUAUUGUAGAGAGCAAUGCUACACUCUGCACUCUUUCGCUGUUCCUUUUCGUUUAAACGGCCGGAGUGCUGUUCUGUUCUGUCAAGGGAAACCAAACUUCGGCAUAAGAAGUGAGUGCAUGAAUGCUGAGAAUCUGUGUACAACAUACUACCUAGUGCUGCUCUUCUCUAUGUGGACACCUGCUUUAAGACGUGGUGUAUAUCUCUUUACCUGCCUGUGCUUAACACUCUGUGCUCUUCAUCGUCGUAGCCUUCUGUGUUCUUUCCAAUUUGGUUGAUUAUGAUGAAAACGGCUAUGAAUGAGUUGCCCAUUGUAAUCUCUCAUGCAUAUUGGACGUUCAUAUUUCUCUCCCAUAUCAUUGGUUGUUCCCUUGGCCCCCAGCUCCUCCCCUACCCCCCCAUUUUUUUUAUAUUUUGAUACAAUCUUUGACUACGUAUAUUGCCCCAGUUAUUCAGAGUUAGUCAAAGCUUUCUAAACUGAUUCUAGUAGGCAUUAUUAUAAACUUAGCAGCAGUCUUGUAAAUGUGAUGAGAAUUUUGUUUCAUUUUUUUUUUUCCUGUGAGCAUUAAGCAUUAUACACAUCUGUCCUAUGUUGCCUUUAUUUGCUGAUAUUUUUUUAUUUCAAAUUGAGGAAAGAUUGCUUGUUAAUAUAAUUUUACAAUAACUUAA